CUUGAUUUGUCAGGUUACCGAAAACCUUUCGGGGUAACCAGUCAAACUUCUCUGAACUAUAUUGGUAGCUCCCUAAAAUAAUAACUCCUAAAAUGUCGAAGAGUUCCCGACCAUCCACAGCAGAAAAUCUGCGUAAAUCGACGAAACCAACACAAAUAGCUAAAAAGGCAGCGCCUCGCCUCAGAUCCUAUGACGGCGAUGCAUUCGUGAACCUCUUCGGCCAUCGGGGAGCCAAGGACAUCAUGAUUUUGGAUAACCACGGGGUUCCCCUGCGGUCCACCGCCAGUCAGAGGCGCACCUUUCACUACGUCUCGAAUCUGAAGCCCCUUCUCUUGAUGGCCCGCAAUGUGGUCAGGGACUUGGAUCCCUCGAAUGACAUAACAUUCAUGAGAAUUCGCUCCAACAUGGGCGAAAUACACAUGACCCUGGGCGCGGAGUUCAUGUUGAUCAUUGUGCAAAAGCUGCGAAAACUCAGAAGAAGCCUGUCAACGUAAAAUGAUUCGCUAUUACUGUGCGCGAAAGUUAAUUGAACUGUACUCAUGGUUACCCUUAAAAUAAAUUCGUUGCAAUUAU